AUGAGUCGAAAGAAGAUCAUGAAAAUCGAUACGUUGCGGAUCGAUGAAUACGAGAAUGAUCUACGAAAAAUUCAAGAAAUACGGGACGAUAUUCGAAUGCUCGAUCAACACUACAGUGUUGUUCAAUCGUUACUCAACGAAGAAAUUGUAAAAAAGAAAGAAUACGAUACUCACAUCGAACACAUACAUGAACUUCUUGAAUUUGUCGAAAAGAAGAACAUUGAAACCAUAAAAACCGCAGUUGACAAUAACGAAACAGAGACGGAGACAGCCGUAGAUAUAGAUGUUAUCGAAGAUCAAAUACAGAGGAGCUCAUUAGAAACGGUUGGAAGUGAGGAAGGAAUGGACGUUACUUCUAGCAAAAAAGGAAAAGCAAAGAGCGCAACAAAAAAGAAAUCGAAUGCUCCAAGAAGGAAGAAGACGAAUCGAAAAGUUAAGGCAAAAAGAAAACAUGGAUAA